AUGAAGUCCGCACCGUCUCAAAAGCGUCUCUUAGUGAUCGGAGGCCGUCCUACUAUUAAUUGGUACGACCUCUUUAAAAACUGCAAAAUAGGAAAGGCUGAGUUAGUCGUCGAGUUUUCGAUGUGGGAUGAGAUGGUCUUGACAAGUUAUAGCGAUAGCGGAUGCAUAGUUUCUCUCCAACCAAGCAAAUACGCCAUUCCAAACACUCCAAUGAACUCAGUCCGGUCUUUUCAACCAGACUUUCUUCUGAUUCGUGGUGCUUGUAUGGGUGUUUUUGGGCAAAAUUGGAAAAACACCCUCUUAGGUUUUAUGUAUUGUAACAUUCCUUCCGUCAACACAUUGGAGUCUCUCUACAACUGCUUAGAAAAGCCUGUCAUUUACUCCAAAUUGCUCAAGAUCCAUAAAGAGCUUGGUGACAAGUUCCCAUUGAUUCCACAAACGUAUUACCCCUCAUGGACGUCGAUGAACUUCAACACCGGGUUUCCUCUCGUCGCCAAGUUAGGGACGGUCCACGCCGGGUUUGGCAAGAUGAAGUUAGAGAACCAGGAGGACUUCGACGACUUAGUUUCGUUGGUUGCUAUGCAGGAUCGGUACAUUACAACAGAGCCUUACAUUAAGUGGGACUAUGACUUUAGAAUCCAGAAGAUAGGAAAUCAUUACAGAGCCUUUCAGAGAGUCUCUUCGUGUUGGAAAGGAAAGGGGAUGAAUCAGACGGACAACGACGUUCCUUUGAGUGAAGAUUAUAAGCGAUAUGUCGACCUCGCUUCUAACGCACUUGGCAUGGACAUUUGUGCUCUUGAUGGGAUACACGACCCAGUAACAAACAAAAAUUACAUCAUCGAAUUGAACGACUCUGCUGUCGGUCUCGUCACAAGGCAUACCGAAGAAGACUUGAAAUACAUCAAAGAGUUAGUUUUACAAAAGAUGAUUGCUCUUUGGAAAUAA